AUGAACAUUGUUAAACUUUUGCAUUGUAUAUCCAUCCUCCCAACGGAAGAUCCAACUCCCGCUUGGAAGAAACUUUCUAAAUUUCAGCAUGCCAUCAAAAUCGAUGCAAAGCCUCCGACUAGGAAUGUCCCCGCCAACAAGAUCCGGGUUGUUUGUAUGUCGAAUACACACUCGCUAACCGACCUUGACAUUCCGGAUGGAGAUAUCUUUGUGCAGAAAAUUGCGGUCCUCGAUUUCAACAAUAAGCUGGAAAAACUUCCGCAUAAACACAAAAUGGUCAAAGCGGAAAAUCAUGAACUUAGCUUCGAUCACACCUUCAUGUACUCCUUUGAAAAUGUCACCGGAGGCUGCUGCAAGAAAACUGGAUUUAUCAUUCUUGACGAAAUACCAACACUUGGAAAUUCGAAGGAGAGCCGUGAAAACGGAAAAUAUUCAUCAGCAGUUCAGCAAGUGCACCUAACUGCAGGAUAAUAGCAUUGAAUUGUGUGGUCUUAAAAUGGGUAACCGAAGUUUUGCAAGUGGGCCUUCAAUGUGAAGCGCAGCAAAGAUUGCCCGGAAAAGUGGGAGAACAUUUCAGAAAAGGUUGAUAUCCUGAUAACACAUACGCCUCUCGUUAGUCAUGGAGAUCUUAUUUACUACGUGCCGUUUGUGUUGCCAUCGACAGAUCAGCAACGAAUAAAACCACGGUAUCACGUAUUUGGACAUGUUCAUGAAGGCUACCAGAUAAAUUCCGAUGCUCCCCACAACCAAGUACGGAUCUGAGACGAUGAACUGACUGACACACUGGUGGUUGCUCUAACCAAUGGCCUGAAUCAUAGAGCAGUUAGAAACCGAACGGCAGAUUUGUAGCGAGAUCUGUAGAAUAUCUUCGAUCGGACGGCUUGCGAAAGGUUAGAACAAAGCAUGGAUGGAUUGGUCAACAUAACUCAUGAACAGCAACGGAAAAGGAAAACAAGUCAGCAUUACUAAACAUGCUACCAUUAAGAGUGCGCGAAUAGACGAGCAUCACGAAUUUAUGUAGAAGUGACUGGAAACCGCUGCCACUCUAUAGAUCUAAACAAAAUCCUAGAGGACAUGGCCCGGGCCAUGAUUGAGUUACGGUCCAUCGAAGCGGCAAUACAAUUAUGUGCCCUAAACACAAAUCUGGUAAACACGGAAACCACGAAGCAUUACCUUGCAAUUCUGGUAAGGAUUUUUAUCUACAGACCGGCACUAGAAAUAAGAUUCACGUUGCUAUUGCUAUCCAAGGUUCCGGAUGGCACAAUUUGAAAAUGUCUUGUUUUUUCAAGC